AUGGAAUGGAACUCGACUCAAGAAUUGGUGUCAAAUUGGAAUCCCACUACCUCCUGCCUCGAAAAACCUAAUAUAUUUACUUGUCAAACAGUGGAUAUUGUGAAAAACGUCGAUAAAAUAAAUAAGUUUUUGGAAAUGUUGCUCGAGCAAAUUACUGCUUGCGCCGAUGUUCACGAAUGUGCAACUAGGUUCUCACCAGGCGUGCGUGUACUGGGAGAAUUCGUGCCGAAUAAAAUCCUUUUGCUUCAUCCAAAAACUUUUGAUUUGAUUGUCAGAUGUAUCGUAGAAUACGCCAAAAUUUUUGAUCUCGCAUCAGCAUUCUUGACAGAGCUAAAAAGACCGAUUGAUUGGUGUAUACGUGCGUUUCGUUCAAUAACAAAGUGCAAAAAUGUAAAUAUCAGUAAGGAUAUCGUGGAGUUGAUGGAAUAUUAUUGUCAAACCGGCUCAAUCGAACGAAAUCAUUACUUAAUAAAUGAAUCUGUUGCCAUUAUAACACAAUGUCUGGAUAAUUUGGAACUUUUAUCCGUGUAUCCAUCUGCAACUUGUUUGAAAAAUCUAUCGAAACAAUGUAUUCCACUUUUGAAUGAUAUCAACAAUUCAUAUUUAGUGGAUCGGAUUAUUCGUACUGCAGCUGAUAGUAAUUCUGCUGAUUCACUUUCGGAUUUUUUUGUCGAAACUUUGGUCUUUUUUAGACCAGAAUUUUACCAAAAACUCAGUGAAUCAUCGAAAAUUGGGCUGUGUAAAUAUUUCCCUUUUGUCGUCGAAUAUGAGGUGUUGACUUUGUUUGGACAAUUGUUAUUUCCGUCUAAUAAAUACCGAUCGCCUCCAACCAUCAGAAAUUACUAUAAAGAUGCACAAUUAUUUCGAAUCAUAAAAAUUUGUCCCAAGAUAUUUGAUACAUGCUUCAACGUGUUAUUAAAUUUGAUGGAUGAGACACGCGAUUGGCGUAUUUUACGUCUUGCACGAUACUUUAUUGAAAGUUUAUUCGAGGAUAUCGUAAAAGCAAAUAGAAAUAUCGAAUUGUAUGUGUCUAAACCAUUAGAUAAAUUAGUCUCGAUAUUAUGUGAUGAUAUCCAGGACCCGGAAACGUUCUCUCAUCUCAAUAUGGCUCGGAAAGAGUUACUUUUGGAAGGUCUGCCCAGUGAUCAUGAAUUACAUCGUAAACAAGUGUGGUUAUUACUUCUUGCUUUCUCAAAGUGGCGGCAUUGGAUAAUCGAGGCAAUCUUUGACCAAGAGAAGUACCCGGAAAUCAAUCAACUGGAAGCACCUCUCGACAACUUGACAUGGCUUGUGUGUCCGCUGGAUGAUGGCGUCAUUCUGAACCUUAAAAACACCAUCGCUGAUAUUAUUAUGUCACUUAGAGAAUCUAUUAAUCAUAAAGUCCAAAGUGAAUCAAUUUUAUCAAUUCUAAAUCAUCAUGAAAAAAUAUUCAAAGAUAAUCCUUUAUUGACGGACAUAAUUUUGGGAUUAUGGCCAACGAUAGAUUCUCUACCGUUAAUGCAAACGAUAGCAAUGUUUUUUAUAUCAACAGUAUCACAAGCCAAGGACAAAGGAACAGAGAUUUCACAAUCCGCGAAUAUGGGUCUUUCGUCUUUUACCAUUAUUUUAGACUAUUUUCACGAAAUAACACUACCAGUCAAGAAUGGGAAAAAAGCAGUAAUACGUGAAUUUUUGAAAAAUUUGGAACAAGUCUAUGAAUCAGCUCUAACAUAA